AUGUUACAAAAGUGUUUAGUCUAUAUUUCGUUAUGGAUUUUAUUUCAAUUAUUAAUUGAAAUAAAUUGCCAAAUAUCACACCGUAAACGGUCGGGACAUACUGCAACGCUUAUAGAUAAUAAGUUGUAUAUUUUGGGUGGUUCUGACAUCUUUAAUAGUAAUGUUGGAAAAGAUUUUUUUUAUAUCGACUUUUCUGUCCCAUUUAAUACUCGAAACUUAUUAUCGACAGAUUUAUCAAACGUUAAUACUGUUCCUGCACAUUAUAAUGCUGGUUCCGCGAAAGGGGGUGCAAAUAAUGAUACGUUGUUCAUACUUGUGGGAGCCACCAACAUACUUGUUGAAAAUAAAGAUGUUUACAGAUUUGAUCCACAAAAUAAUUCAUGGAGUACUCCAAUAAUAACUGGUGAACCUCCUACUAUUAUUAUAGAUGCUUCGACGGCAGUUAUCGACCGAAAUGGAAGAAUGUAUUUAUGGGCCGGAGGUGGUUUAAGUUUUUAUAUUUUCGAUACAAUUAAUUUAGUUUGGACAAAAGGAAGUUCAGUUGGCGCGCCAAAUGUUGUUAAUGUUGCCACUUUAUUGCCUGAUAAUAAGAUAUUUUAUAUAGUGGAGAAUGAUUUAUCACAGGUUCUUAUUUAUAAUACAAUAAAUAACAUUUGGACUAGUAAUAUAACUUCAGGAAUAAUACCUAAUAAAUUUGGGAUGUCUGCUGUUCUUGGGUUAGAUGGACAAAGAAUUAUCAUUUUUGGAGGUUUAGAUAAUACUAUCACAACUACUAUCAUAUCUGAAGGGCCGCUAUAUGAAUUAAGUUUAAUAAAUUUUGAAUGGCGUAUCCCAAAAACUUCUGGGCCAACUCCAGAAGCAUUUCGAAGUGGACAUAGGGCAAAUGUAAUUGGAAAUUAUAUGGUUAUAUCAUUUGGAAUAAGUUAUAUUACAGAUAAUGAUAUUUUAUUACUAGAUAUUAGUAAUGUAAACGAAUAUAUAUGGACGAAUGAAUUUAAAACCUCGUCAUCAAGUCUGGUGAGAACAUCAGCAUCAGUACCUAUAAAACCGUCACCUAGUUUGUCACCUUUGUCACCUUUAUCACCUUUAUCGCCAUCACAGAAAUCCGAAAAUAAUAAUUCAAAUAUUACUGGUAUUGUUAUUGGAUCUAUGAUCGGUGGUGCUCUAUUAUCCUUUUUAGGCGUAUUAUUAUAUAAUAAAUGCUGUAAAAGAAGAAAUGGAAAUGAAAUUGCUCAUCCUGUACGACUGCCCACUGAAAGUAAUUAUAAUAACGUUCGAACUGAUAAUCAUGGACAAGAAAUACCCGCUGGAAAUCAUCAUAAUACUCAACCUGGAAGAAUUGAUUAUCAUGGACAAGAAAUAACGUCAACACUCACUGAAAGUCAUUAUAAUAUUCAACCUGAAAGAAAUGACUAUUAUCCCGGACGAGAAAUAGAAUAACCUCCCGAUUCAGCUACUUAAUUCUAUGAGAAAUAAUUAAUAUACAAAAACAAUAAUAUAUUUUGAAUUAAUUGAAUUAAAUCAUACGUUUUAACAUUAUAUAUCGAAAGAGAUUCUUUUGAGAUUAAAUAGUCAGAUUAUACAAUCUUUUUUUUUCUAACAAAAUAUGUAAGAAGAUAAUAGUGAAUUUUAAAG